AUGUUUUUAGGUGACCUGAAAGAGAAGGUGUCACUGCACCUGCCUUCGAACGCGUGCGGUGUAAGGACUUCCCCGCUCAACGAGACGGCUGCCGAGCCCGAUGAUGACGAGGACCUGUUCUACAGCGUCGACCUCGUGGUGCAAAUGGACAGCAAGCUCCAGCAGUCCUCUGACCAGGAACUACUUAUUAGGGAAGGUUUGUGCACCCGCAGUGGGAAAAUGAAUAGAAAUUAUGCAGAAAAUGUACUCCUGGUGUUGCAGUGCUGGUGCCUAUGGGCGACGGUGAUCACUGACAAUCAGCCUCGUGCCGUCCGCAUAGUCAGUCCCGCAUUAGAAGGUAUCAUACAAACGAAGAUUCGUGAGCUGGUUGGUCAAGAAACGAGGAAGAUACGGACGGGUCGCAACCGGCAAGGGUUCGAGAGCGCCGCUAUGGCAGAGCAACGUACGCAGCUGUUAGAAGCAGCGCGCGCGUGGAUGGAGUUAUCGCCUGCUGCCACCGCACCAGACCCGGCCACUGUGGAGGUGGGGCAGCCCACCAGGCUGCUGAUACAGUGCACACUGCCUGGUGAGCAUACUGUCUGCAGCACUCAUACCGCACCAGUCCCGGCCACUGUGGAGGUGGGGCAGCCCACCAGGCUGCUGAUACAGUGCACACUGCCUGGUGAGCAUACUGUCUGCAGCACUCAUACCGCACCAGUCCCGGCCACUGUGGAGGUGGGGCAGCCCACCAGGCUGCUGAUACAGUGCACACUGCCUGGUGAGCAUACUGUCUGCAGCACUCAUACCGCACCAGUCCCGGCCACUGUGGAGGUGGGGCAGCCCACCAGGCUGCUGAUACAGUGCACCCUGCCUGGUGAGCUUACUGUCUGCAGCACUCACACCGCACCAGUCCCGGCCACUGUGGAGGUGGGGCAGCCCACCAGGCUGCUGAUACAGUGCACACUGUCUGGUGAGCAUACUGUCUGCAGCACUCAUACCGCACCAGUCCCGGCCACUGUGGAGGUGGGGCAGCCCACCAGGCUGCUGAUACAGUGCACCCUGCCUGGUGAGCAUACUGUUUGCAGCACUCACACCGCACCAGACCCGGCCACUGUAGAGGUGGGGCAGCCCACCAGGCUGCUGAUACAGUGCACCCUGCCUGUUGAGCAUACUGUCUGCAGCACUCACACCGCACCAGACCCGGCCACAGUGGAGGUGGGGCAGCCCACCAGGCUGCUGAUACAGUGCACCCUGCCUGGUGAGCAUACUGUCUGUAAAACUCACACCGCAUCAGACCCAGCCACUGUGGCGGUGGGGCAGCCCACCAGGCUGCUGAUACAGUGCACCCUGCCUGGUGAGCAUACUGUCUGCAGCACUCACACCGCACCAGACCCAGCCACAGUGGAGGUGGGGCAGCCCACCAGGCUGCUGAUACAGUGCACCCUGCCUGGUGAGCAUACUGUCUGUAAAACUCACACCGCACCAGACCCGGCCACUGUGGCGGUGGGGCAGCCCACUAGGCUGCUGAUGCAGUGCACCAUGCAUAGUGGGACGCCUAAAGGCCAGACUCUACCACUGCUUGGAGUCGGCCUUCGAGUAACGAACUGCGUUGCCCACGACGGACUCGGCGAGGCAUCACAAAGACUUCUAGACGAAGCUGGCUGUCCCGUAGACGAGACCAUAUUCAGCAAACCCACAAUUCACAGACACAAGCACAAGAGUACUGAGAUCGACUUCUCGGAACUAGAACCAGCUGACACUCUACGCAACAUCGAGGAGAGCAGCAACAUAAAGCUACUGAAGACAGAUCCCGAUUAUAUGAUGAAGAACAUAAUGACGUACCAGCAUGCGAUCACGACAUUCGCCGCAUUCAAAUUUCCUGACCGCUCAAAGUUGCAUUUGACUUGUGGCAUCGAACUCUGUAAAGGUCACUGUCCGCCGAUAGACUGCAAAAUGUUGCAGAAACCGCAGCAGACAAAAGACGGUCUAGUGAGGAAAGCACGCCUUGACAAAGACGCGAAAGGUUUAGUUAUAGAUCGAUUAGAAGUUUAUAACAGCAUAGAGGUUUUGGCACCUAACAUCGAGUUAGAAGACGAAGCUUCGAUCAGAGGUUCUCGUAGACCAGACACGAAGGAAGAUCAAUUCGUGAGAGGUUUCUCCCCAGGAGACAAGACCAUCUGCCUCUCACCGGGGAAAAUGGCUUUAGCGUUCUGCGUCCUAGGUGUCAUAUUCCUGUGCGCUAUAGCCGUAGCCUUUAUUUCCUUAGUGAGAGCGAGAAGGCGAUUAGGCAGAGAACCGUUGCAUACAUCUCUAUCGUUCUACACCGGAAGUAAAAGCAUGUUCUCUUCCAGCGAAAGUUCUAGUUCUGGCUUGAGUGGCAGCAAAUUGUUGCUUACGGACAGUCCUUAUUUAGAUCACCAUUCGUCUUCCAGUAAUAAUUGGCCCUACUCACGAGCCUUUUAGUAGUUAAGCCAUUAAAGAAUGUUUCACUACCAGGGCCGGAUUUAAAGCAGGGCUGUGGCUCAGGGGCAACCACAAGAUAACAAAUUUGGCAUC